AUGGAGUGGGGCAAUUAUUCCAUGUAUGACGACUUUGUCCUCUUGGGCUUAUUCAGCAACAGCCAUUUCCCCUGGCUUCUCUUUGUCCUUAUUCUCUUUGUCUUUGUCAUCUCCAUAGCUAGCAACACCAUAAUGAUCAUUCUCAUCCAUAUAGACUCCCGACUCCACACCCCCAUGUACUUUCUACUUAGCCAGCUCUCCCUCAUGGACAUACUCUACAUUUCUACCAUUGUACCUAAGAUGUUGGUUGACCAGAUGGUUGGGCAGAGAUACAUUUCUUUUGCAGGCUGCACAGCCCAGCAUUUCCUCUACUUGACCUUGGCAGGGGCUGAGUUUUUCCUGCUGGGACUCAUGUCCUAUGACCGCUACGUUGCCAUCUGCAAUCCUCUACACUACCCUAUCCUUAUGAGCCGUAAGGUCUGCUUGUUCAUUGUGGGAGCAGCCUGGGUGGGAGGGUCUAUAGAUGGCUUCCUGCUCACCCCAGUCACCAUGCAGUUUCCGUUCUGUGCCUCUCGGGAAAUAAACCACUUCUUCUGUGAAGUUCCUGCCCUGCUGAAGCUCUCCUGUACUGACACAUCAGUCUAUGAGACGGCCAUGUAUGUAUGCUGCAUCAUGAUGCUCCUCAUACCUUUUUCUGUUAUCUCAGCCUCUUACACAAAGAUUCUUAUCACUGUCUAUAGAAUGGGUGAGGCAGAGGGGAGGCGCAAGGCAGUGGCCACCUGCUCCUCACAUAUGGUGGUUGUCAGUCUUUUCUAUGGGGCUGCCAUGUACACUUAUGUGCUGCCUCAUUCUUACCAUACCCCUGAGAAAGAUAAGGCUGUGUCUGCCUUCUACACUAUCCUCACUCCCUUGCUCAACCCACUCAUCUACAGCCUCAGGAACAAGGAUGUCUCAGGGGCCCUGCAAAAGGCUCUGGGAAGAUGCUUGUCUUCAGGAAGAGUAACCAGCUUCUAA